GUAUGAGUAUGUCCCUGUUUCUUCGAUGCGAUUGAUCCUUUGUCUCGGUUUUUCCACCGCUGGCCGCCGCUAUACCAAUAUGCAGUAUAGUGCUCAAAGUAUAGCGGUCUAAGGCGGAAGAUCUGUGAGAUAGGAGCGAUAUGAGCGAUACCGAUCUCAUUCCCGGUCUCUGCGAUGAGCUUGCUCUUGAGAACAUCCUACCGAGGUUGCCAUGGUAUACUCGUCCGGUGUGCCGAGCAGUCUCCAACUCCUGGAGAGCUCUAAUGGACAGCGCUCUUCAAUACGACGCUCAUCUCCUUAACACCACUCGCAACUUCCAGCUCCCGCUCCUCCAAGACACUCCACUCGUGAGCCUGGGAAACGACUCCGAGGUACUCCAAAUUCUCAUUUUGGACAGAUCACAGGGGUCAUGGCGAAAGCUCCCACCGAUAGAAGGGCUCCCAGUGGGCCGAGCACAGAUGGUGGCGUGGUCCGGGAUGGUUUUCGUGUGGACUUUGGCUCCUGGCAAGUCCUGGUCACACUCGAGAGAUGUCAUCUUUAAGCUGGAUAUUGGCCGUGCAAAGUGGACAUGGGACAGGACGCCGGCUAGGAGGGCGAGUAACUGGUUCGACGCCAUCGCCUUUGGUGGCAAGAUAUAUUCCAGCUGGGAAUACAGGAGAUCUGUCUAUGGUAUUCAUCCUUCCGUCAAGCUGGACGUGAUAGUAUAUGAUAUGGAGACGGGAACCUGCGACACCAUUGAAAAAUGGUUUGUCUCGGGCGCUGGGGUGGUGCUCUCGCCGGCUGGAGACGAGAUCUUGUAUGGUUUUCACGAUAAAACGAUGGAACUUAUGCGCUACGAGGCUGCCUCCAAUGCGUGGAAAUCGCAAGAGCAGAUAACAGGGAAGCCAGAGUUCCGGGCCACGAAGGUGGUCUCCGGUGAUUGCUUUGAGCCUGCAAUGGAGGUGGGAACGAACGUCAUCUCUUACGGAGGGGAGGCCAUGCACUGGUAUAACUCAGCAGUGCAAGAGGCUUGGGUGGCGAUCGAGAAGUGGCCCAGGACGGACAGGUUUAAAGUGCUGGUGAUCCGUGGCGCGAUUUAUGCAAUCUCUAGGAUGGUUUAUUCGAGUGGAAGUUUGAAGCACUGUGAGAUUUUGAGAGGGAAGAUAGAUGUGGCAAACAGGAGGCUGGUUUGGGACGCAGUUGCGGACUUCCCCUUUCCUGUGACAAUCACUUGCUUUGUUAGAAUGGCUUGAAGUAAAAAAGAUAUUGUUGAUAUUUCUUUUUA